UCCAAUUGGGAUUCUCUGUCGCUGCAUCCAUUUUUGUGUAUUUAAGAUAUCUUCAAGAAUUACCAAACCUGGAGGAAAGCGAGGCACCAGAGCAGAGGGACUCAAAAGGGAAACAAAUAUUUAUUAUGAGAUGGAAAAGAACUUUCCCAGGACGAUGACAGCGAUGGGUUAGACAGGAUUGAACAGGAUGAUGGCCAAAUAAAAGCAUCGGCGUGUAAAGAUGUCUGCUCCAGCCGGGCUCCGCAGCGGGCCUGUCCUGCCGGAGAUGCCGGACCUGAGCCACCUCACCGAGGAGGAGAGGAAGAUCAUCCUCGGUGUCAUGGACAGGCAGAAGAAAGAGGAGGAGAAGGAGCAGUCCAUGUUGAAGGUCAAAGAAGAUGAAAAGUCUCAGCCAGUCCAGUGGUUUCCCUUUAGCGGAAUCACUGAUCUGGUUAAUAACGUUCUCCAGCCCCCAACAAAGUCCCAAAACCAACUGCAAACAGAGCCUCCAAAGGAGCCGGAGACGAAAUUGCACCAGCAAUUUGAAAUGUAUAAGGAUCAGGUGAAGAAGAUGGGGGAUGAGACACAGACCACCCAGGAGCAGAAGAGUGAUGCCCCCACCUGCGGAAUCUGCCAUAAAACCAAGUUUGCCGACGGCUGUGGCCACCUCUGUUCUUAUUGCCAAACCAAGUUCUGUGCUCGCUGUGGAGGAAGAGUUUCACUACGCUCUAACAAGGAGGAUAAAGUGGUGAUGUGGGUAUGCAACCUGUGCCGAAAACAACAAGAAAUCCUCACCAAGUCAGGGGCCUGGUUCUACAGCGGCCCAGGGGACGCCCUGCCCCCGGGUGCGAGUGACCCUCGCCGCCGCCACGAAGAGGCUCCGCAGGAGAAGAAGGCCAAACUGCAAGAAGCCCCACUGCUGUACCAGGGGCCUCCAGGGGACCGUAGCCGUGCUCCAGGACUCUCGCGCCAGGCGUCCCUCAACAACGACUCCGGUCUGAAGCCCAACGACCCUCUGAGCAACAGGAAAAGAAGCCCAUCAGCAACCAGGGAUCCAAACCAAAAAUACGACCAAAGGGAGGAGAAGGCGGAGCAUUCGCAGUAUGCCCCAGGGGAGGGCAGCAUGCCACGAUCACCGUCUGACUAUGGGGCCGGGGACCGCCAAUGGCGGGGAGGCUACGGCCGCUCCUACGAGGACGCAGAGGUAGCGCGAGGGGCGUACCGUGCUCGACGGGGCGGCUGGCACUCUCAGGAAGAGUACCCUCCCGAACCCGGCUUCCUGCCCGAUGGCCCGCCCCUCAGCGAGCACGAGCUACAGCGCCAGCGGCAGGAGGAGUACCAGAACCGCUACCGCAGCGACCCGAAUCUGGCCCGAUACCCGGUCAAACCACAACCUUACGAGGAGCAGAUGCGCAUGCAUGCCGAGGUCUCCCGCUUCAGGCAUGAACGGCGCCACAGCGACGUCUCCCUGGCGUACACGGAGAUGGAGGAGCCCCUGGGGCCCUUGCGGGGACCCCACUACUCACCAGGUCCCGGACACACCCACUGGAGGUCCAACCACAGUCCCCCCGGUGUGGACUCCCUCCAUAGGCAGCAGCUUCUGGAUCCCGCCUCGGCCGUGCGGAAGAGUAAACGAGAGAAGAUGGAGAGCAUGCUGCGGAAUGACUCGCUCAGUUCCGACCAAUCAGAGUCCGUCAGGCCACCGCCGCCCAAACCUCACAAGACCAAGAGGGGCGGCAAAAUGAGGCAGGUGUCUCUGAGCAGUUCCGAGGAGGAAUUGGCCACCACGCCCGAGUACACCAGCUGUGAGGACGUGGAGAUCGAGAGUGAGUCUGUGAGCGAGAAAGGGGACAGUCAAAGGGGAAAAAGACAAACUUUUGAGCAGUCACACACCUUAUCUGAGGGCCAAAAGAAAAUGGUGCGCUUUGGGGGCCACUCUUUGGAAGAAGAUGCUGAGUGGUGUGAACCCCAGGUUAAAGACUCGGGGGUUGAUACGUGCAGUAGCACUACCCUAAACGAGGAGCAUAGCCAUAGUGAGAAGCACCCGGUCACAUGGCAGCCCUCGAAAGACGGAGAUCGACUCAUUGGCAGGAUCUUGCUGAACAAACGCAUGAAGGACGGCAGCGUCCCUCGCGACUCCGGAGCUCUUCUGGGACUGAAAGUUGUUGGGGGAAAGAUGACAGAGUCCGGGCGACUUUGUGCAUUCAUCACCAAAGUAAGGAAAGGAAGUUUAGCGGAUACAGUUGGGCACCUCAGACCAGGUGACCAGGUCCUAGAGUGGAAUGGCCGACAUUUACAAGGAGCCACAUUUAAAGAAGUUUACAAUAUCAUUUUAGAAUCAAAGCCAGAGCCUCAGGUGGAAUUAGUGGUCUCUCGACCCAUUGGAGAUAUCCCCAGGAUACCAGAAAGCACACACGCACAACUGGAGUCUAGUUCAAGUUCGUUUGAGUCACAGAAGAUGGAGCGUCCCUCCAUAUCAGUCACGUCUCCCAUGAGCCCCGGAAUGCUGCGGGAUGCCCCUCAGUACUUAUCGGGACAGCUUACAAGCCAAAGCCUUAGUAGAAGAAUUGAGCCUUUUAACCCUAAAGUUCAGGUCAAACUUUGGUAUGACAAAGUCGGCCAUCAGCUUAUCGUCACCAUAUUGGGUGCAAAGGACCUGCCUUCAAGGGAGGACGGCCGACCACGCAAUCCUUAUGUGAAGAUCUACUUCCUCCCUGACAGAAGUUUGAAUAAUUGUUUCUCCAGUGACAAAAGCAAAAGAAGAACAAAAACGGUAAAGAAAUCACUAGAGCCCAAAUGGAACCAGACCUUUAUGUACUCUCCCGUCCACCGGCGGGAGUUCAGGGAACGCAUGCUGGAGAUCACGCUGUGGGACCAGGCCCGGGUGAGAGAGGAAGAGAGUGAGUUCUUGGGAGAGAUCCUCAUAGAACUGGAAACAGCACUGCUGGAUGAUGAACCGCACUGGUAUAAGCUGCAAACGCACGACGUCUCAUCGGUACCCCUGCCCAAGAGCUCCCCCUGCCUUCAGAGACGAGCACUGCACGGAGACAGUCCCACACGCAGACUGCAGACCAAAGGCCCGUAUGUGUACAGCUCAGGGUCUCAAAGGAUCAGUGACAGUGAGUUCUCAGACUAUGACUGUGAAGAUGGUGUUGGCGUCGUAUCAGACUAUAGAAACGGCAGGGACCUCCAGAGCUCUACUCUCUCUGUGCCUGAGCAGGUCUUAUCGUCCAAUCAUUGCUCUCGGUCAGCCGACAUCAACCGGGCGCGAUCACGGUCGCCCAGCAUGCCCCCUUCUCAGAGUCAUUUUCUCACCUUACCUCGAACUCGACACAGUCAGCCUCAUGACAGUGAGCUGAAGGAACUCAGGAAUUACGGAGCGCCAGACAGGCACGAGUAUCACCACAGGUCCCGUUCAGCAGACCAGCGGGCCGCAAUGGAGCGUCCCAUGUACAGUCGCUCUCGCUCCACAGAGCGGCCGCCCGACGGCCCCCACAUGAGAUCUUCGAUGCCCUCCCUGCCGUCAGGACACUCCGCGCCACCCUCCCCUGCCUUAUCGAGGGCACAUCCUCGUGGUGGAUCGGUUCAGACCAGCCCCACUGGGACCCCUGUGAACAGCAGGAGAGGACGACAGCUACCACAACUGCCUCCGAAAGGGACGCUGGAAAGAAAAGAUGGAGAUGAAGAACUUGAGCCUUGUCCAGAAGACACGGACUUCCCCAGUCAGACAAACUCAGGUGCUAUGGAUGUCGAGGAACGAACGCGGCAGAUGAAACUGAAGAUGAACAAGUAUAAACAGGGAACAGGCUCGGACUCCAGGCUGGAACAAGACUAUAACAAGCGUUCAGGCAGGGAUCCUCAGCGGGGAGAAAACCUCUCGGCCAAGUCUUCGGACAGUGAUGUCAGCGACGUGUCCGCUGUGUCGAGAACCAGCAGUGCAUCUCGAUUCAGCAGCAUGAGCUACAUCUCUGUCCAAUCAGAACGGCCGCGGGGCAGCCGGAAGAUCAGCAAAGGGCGGAGUCUCUCCACAGAGGGGGAGGAGUUGGUUGGAGAGGCGUUACAGGAGGAAAAGGAGGAGGGAGGGUUAGAGGAGGACAGAGGGAGGAAAAGAGGAGGGGGGAGGGCAGGAAAGCUGAAGAGACAGACAAAUAGUGUAGACAGAGAGGAAGCAGAGCUGGAGGAGUCUGAAGAGGGCGUGGCCCAGAGGACAGUCUCAGAGGCGGACCUCAGUGAAUUUACGUCCAAAAUGAAAAACAGGCAAAUAGGAACGGCGGCCGGGGGCACCAUGACCAAGAGCACCAGCAUCGGCGGGGACAUGUGCAGUCUGGAGAAGACCGACGGCAGCCAGUCGGACACGGCCGUGGGCCUGGUGGGAACCGACGUCAAGAAACGGCGCUCCAGCAUCGGUGCCAAGAUGGCGGCGGUCGUGGGGUUGAGUCGAAAGAGCCGCAGCGCCUCGCAGCUCAGCCAGACAGAAGCAGGAGGAAAGAAGCUGCGCAGCACUAUCCAGAGGAGCACAGAGACGGGUCUGGCCGUAGAGAUGCGAAGCCGAAUGACCCGACAGGCCAGCCGCGAAUCCACUGACGGCAGCAUGAACAGCUACAGCUCUGAGGGAAACCUCAUCUUCCCUGGAGUGAGACUCUCUUCUGACAGUCAGUUCACUGAUUUUCUGGAUGGACUUGGCCCCGCCCAGCUUGUGGGGAGACAGUCGUUAGCCACGCCCUCUAUGGGUGACAUUCAGAUCGGGAUGGUAGAAAAGAAAGGAGCUCUAGAGGUAGAGGUCAUCCGAGCCAGAGGCCUUGUGGGAAAACCAGGUUCUAAGGCACUGCCAGCCCCUUACGUAAAGGUGUAUCUGCUGGAGAAUGGCGCCUGCAUAGCCAAAAAGAAAACAAAAGUAGCACGAAAAACACUGGACCCUCUUUACCAGCAGCAGCUGCAGUUUGAAGAGUCUCCAGGAGGAAAGGUUUUACAGAUCAUUGUGUGGGGAGACUAUGGACGUAUGGACCACAAAUCCUUCAUGGGAGCCGCUCAGAUACUUUUAGAUGAUCUGGACUUGUCCAACAUGGUUAUUGGCUGGUUCAAACUGUUUCCUCCCUCUUCAUUGGUCGACCCAACCUUGGCCCCGUUGACCAGAAGAGCUUCCCAGUCAUCUCUCGACAGCGGGUCCGGGCCGUUCGGUCGCUCGUAGCAGUUUCCUGAAAUAUAGCGUUAUUGUAGCAGCCAAUGGGUGGAGUUUGAGAUUUGCGACAGGUCCCGUCCCCCCGGUAACACUGCAUGCUUGAUGUUGUGUGUUCAGAGCUUGUUUCUUAGGGGUGAAAAAAGCGGUCCUGUUUUUGCUCGCAAAAAAAUGCGGCACACGUCGUGCGCAAAGAGCACCCCCUAGAGGGCAGGGACGAGACGAAGCCGGAAAUGGGCUCCUUAGCUCAUGGAACGUCACAAAUCCUGAUCUUAGAACCUAUUUGAAGCCAUUGGAGUCUGAACUGAGAACUGAAAUGUUGAGUUCUUCAGAAGCCCCUUUUGAAAUGGGGUGAAACGUUCUCUUCGACUUUCAUUUUCCAUUUAUGUUUCUUUUAAUGUUGAUGUAUUUGUAUCUACAUGGGCUAACAGUGUUCCUUGGGUCAAGCCAUGCCAACAGACCCAGAAAUGUACACACAAAACAAGAAUAUGACGUGGGAAUGGUCACCUCACUCCCCAGAUAUGAUUCUGCUAGAUCAAUACAGAGAUGAAAUGUAGGUUUGAAUCAUCUUUUAAGAUCAAAUUGAAUUACUUCUCUUGAAACUGUAUGAAACCUAAAGAAGAAAUAACGAGUUUUUUGUUGCAUGGACACAACUUUAGCUGAACUUAAAAAAAAAAAAAAAAAAGUAAAUAGAAAAUAAAUGAUUUUUCUCAAGACUGCUACUUGCAAAAAAAAGAUGAUGAGAAAAAAAAAGAAAAGAAAAAACAAACCGGAUCAGCCAUUUUCAACAAUUUCUAUUAUUUUUAAAGAUAAAUUUCACUAGUGCAUGGUUUUCAUGGGGAGUGAAUGCUACAGUGUGAUUUGAAAAAAAAAAAAAAAAAAACUUUGUUUUUUUUUUGUCCUGUAGACCGUUCAUUGGUCUCUCUACUGUAUUUUUACAGACAAGCAGUUAAAUGACAAGCUUAACAUUUUAUUUACAGUGAAAAAUCUGUUCAUGUGACAAAGACGUAAAAAAAUAAAUGUCUAUGAUUUGUUAUUGUAAAGGCGUAAGCCUUAUGAAGCUAAAGACGAUGUGCAAAUUGUACAUGUUUCUCUACUUCUCCCUUGUCCCAGGGUAAACUCUCUGUACUUCUUGCUUCCGUUGUCAGAUUUCCACCCCGAUAUUGUUCCAGUUCUAUUUCAUUUUGAUUUUCAGGGCUGUUCGUUUCCUGCAGCUCUUCUAGUUUUAGUCUGUAUAUUGUUUGAAGUUCAUUCGUUUAACAAGCAUGUUGAAAAGGGUUUUUGGCAACAUGGCUUGGGCACAUCUUACAGUAACUCAGCAUGUUUUGAUAAAGACGAUAUUUGGAGAAAAAAAAAUGCAGUUUCUUGUACAGUGCAUGUCGACGACGAUCCUCUCCCCCCCCGACCCUUCACCCCGAAUUGAAUUUUAGCAAAAAUUAGGCAGCGGUCUCAAACGGACCAGAAGGGCAAAAUUCCGAAUGAACAUUCCACCUUGUAAAAUCAUACUUUGUUGACAAAUUUAAGGGAAAAACGUGACCAGGGAUUUUUAUAUCUUUACGGAAAUAUGAGCUGCAGCAUUCCUGACAAAAGAGCCCAAAAUUUCACGAGAUCUUUUUACCGGAGGCGGCUGCAGCUCGCUGACUUUCGCAGUAUUGUGCUGUACAGUUUUCCCAGCAUGAUGCUGUCUGCAGAGAAAUGCACAUCGGGACGAUGAUAUUGCCACACGAUAUACCUUUGGUUUUUAUUUCUUCGUUUCAAGAAAGUAGAAGUCAUUUAAUAUAUUUUUGUUAGUUUAUUUACAAGCCAAGACCUAUUUAUUUUUUAUUUUCUAUUUUUUAGUAAGAAUCAGAGCUUCUUAUAUCUGAGCAGUUUAUGACUCCUAGUUUUAAUGCCUGAAUGGAAAUAUACACUGAGACAUUAUACCUCUUCCUAUGAAAAUGAACUCUACGUUUUUCUGAUUAAUCAAUAAGAUUUUUUUUUAAACUUAUUAAUCAAGCUUUCAAUGUACUUAUGAUUUCUGUGUACGUCUGUCACAGUCUACAGAAUUUUAAUAGAGAUCUCUGUUAAAGCAAACUCUCUAAAUGAAUGGAAGUGGGAUAAUGUCUCAUGACGUCAAAGAUAUGUUCUAUUCUAUUUCAAAUGCCUUCUAUUUUGUUUUUUCUGUUCUGUUCUUUUCUUUUUUUUCCUUCUUUUUUUUUUUUUUUGGUGCAAUGUGUUCAUGCCAAGGCUAUGUCUUGGUCAAGUAUGGUUGAGUACAGAGAUUUAUGUAAGUUAUUUUUCAAAUUAAAAAAUAAAAAAUGGAUAUUACACUGGAAAAUGAGCGUUCACAAACAAAA